GCAUGACUGUUUGUAAGGCCAUGUUGAACACACAAUCCGUCUUGACUUGCUUGGUCCCUGUCCACUCAAAGCAGUCACCGGGUUGAAUUUGGCCUAUGAGGCUCCUCCAAAAGUGGCGUUAUAAAAAUCAGGAACCAUUAUCAGUGUUUUGACCUCGUGUUUACUUCUCUAAUAGUUAGUGUGCAUAGUUUGCCGACCUUUGUCCAUCUGGGGAGGAACACUAUCAUAACACAGAAUACAUUUUACAUAGGUGCAAGGUUUGCGCACUCUGUGUUUAAUUCACAUGAUAACAAAUCUCAGGGAAAGACUGGCAUCAUUUCUUGCUCUGCUGUAAUUGACAAGAUGCAGAUUCUUUUUCUGCUGACUCUCUUGUUGUGUCUUUUCUUCAGUGCAUCUUCCCAAGAUGACUUGGCAGAUCACUGGAGAGAAUAUGUCACAUUGCUGGAGACAUUCGACAAGUAUGGGUACGGAGAUCGUAGCAUGGAGGACGAACUCAACCGAAAUUCAUCCUCUAUUACCGUAGAGGCUCAUUUUGAUUGCAAACCCUCGGCAUCCCUGGAAAAACCCACAUCAGUUCACAAGUUGCGGCCGGGAGACAUUAAUGUAAUCGCUGCAAUGGGAGAUUCGCUUACCGCAGCUAACGGUGCUGGGGCCGAUACAGUACUGGGAGUAGCCAUACAAUACCGAGGGCUGGCUGCGUCGAUUGGUGGAGACAAAAGACUAGAACAAGUCAUCACCCUUCCAAAUAUCAUGCGCAACUACAAUGCUGACAUUUACGGCUAUUCGACUGGAACUGGAACCAAGAAUAGCCGGAACUCCAAACUCAACGUGGCAGUGCCGGGUGCAGUCACUGAUGGGAUGCCCGAGCAGGCCAGAAAGUUAGUGGACAAGAUGAAGAACGAUCCGAACGUGGACUUUGAAAACGACUGGAAAAUGGUCACCAUAUUUAUUGGCGGGAACGACCUCUGCAGGUACUGCAAAUAUCCGGAAAGAUACUCGCCGGAGAAUUACGUCAUAUUCUUUGAAGAGACACUCAUGAUUCUGACAGAGAUUCCCCGGAUGUUUGUCAAUGUAAUCGGCAUGUUGAAUGUUCAAAAUGUAGCAGAGCUAUCCAGUUUCUCCUGCGACAUUUUACACCAAUUCCUUUGCCCUUGUGGAAUGAAGGAAGAUGAUAGGGAAUUGCUGGGAGACAAAACCAGACAAUACCAGUCUCUUCUCCAGUCGAGUAUUGAUAGUGGUAAAUUUGACAUCAGAGAUGACUUUGCUGCAGUCUUCCAACCGUUUUACAUCGAGACAACUCUACCCAGACACGCGGACGGGUCCCCUGACUACUCGUUCUUUGCCCCCGAUUGUUUCCAUCUGAGUGCUAAAGGUCAGGGUGCACAGGCUAUUUCUACAUGGAACAACAUGAUUCAGCCUGUAGGAUAUAAAGACAGAAGCUGGACCCCUGGUGAGGAUAUCCGCUGUCCCUCUGAGGACUUUCCAUUCCUUUAUACGAACAAGAAUAGCAAAGACUCGUGGAGUGGUCAAGACAGUGACGAAAAUCAACACAAGGGAACUGACCAACAACCACCGCAACAGGAGCACCAACAUCAAGAGCAGCAGCACCAAGAGGAGGAACAGAAGCAAGAUAAUUUCGGCUCCGCAGUUGAGCCACCACAAGAGGGCGGGCUUUCAGGGGGGUCCAUUGCCGUCAUCGCUAUCCUUGCCUUGGUCGUUGUGGGAGCUGCUGUGAUGCUGGUUGUACGACGUGUAAAACAAUCCAGAAAUCCUUACAUACAGCUAUAGACAAUCGGCUAUUGCUUGCCUAUCAUCGUUAUUGCAAUUUUGUAAAACAACAGCUAAUACUAUUAAUUUUCUUGGAAUAUUUGAUACCUUGAUACGAUUUUAUAUGAUUGGAUUGUACGGUACGAUUUAUUAACUUUAAGGCACCAAUAGCCUCUAAAUAUUUGUUGAAAUGUUUGAAAAUAUCAGAGUGUCAAACAUUCAUAAUUUCUAAAUUAGUUGUCUGGUAAGGUCAGGGACCACCACUUCCUUCAAGUUCAACACUGAGGUCCAUUCAUUCUUAUGCUGAGCACGCACAAGUCAAGUCUUGCUAAACAUCUAAAAAAUCACAAACUUUGAAUAAUCAAGGUUUAGAAAACUUAUUUGUAAAAAAAAAGUUUAAUUAUUUUCUACAUUUUUGUGAUUCCUACAGGUUACUUUUGCAUUUGGAAGUGUUUAUCGGAUUGGAAAAUAAGGAGAAAAUAGUGUAAGGUUGUAUUAGAAAGUAUGAUAUCAAAGUUUGUUUUCUGCUUAUAAUGUAUUACAUUGGGUUUUUUAAGAGUAAACUUUUUUAAAACUCGGUCCCUUAUAGUUUACAUUGAAAAAAAAAAAAAACAGUGAAAACCCAAUCAAAAAAGGUAUAGUCCCAAAGGGGAAAGUUUGUUGACAUGCACACUGGGAUUAAUUUCUAUUGUGAAAAUCAAAAUAAGAAAUUGUGGUUUUGACUUUUUUUUUAAAUGCUAUUUUCACGACUUCGACAAUAGUUCAGGUGGAAAUAUUUCUCUGGGGGAUUGGUACUGGUACAAUUUUAUAAUCAGUGAGUUUGCAGAAUGAAACUGACAUUUUUUGUUUUUAUUUGUCAAUUUGUAUUUCAAUUGUUUUAAAAUAAUUUGUUACAACACAUUUUCUCCGAAGCAACAAUGAAAUGGGCAUGUUAAAGAAACACAUGAUCAAUGAACCAUGAAAUGAAAAUGAAAUAAAUACAGUAAAAAGGAACCUCAGAAUACAGUUGAAAGGUCAUUUUGGUCUUGUUUGCUAAUCAUUACGUGAUCUUUUUAAAAUGAUAUGAUUUGAACAAUGAAAUUUUGAGUCCUAUAUUGACGGCUGCAGUUUAUUAUUAUGCUUACCAAAGUUACCAGCAAAGUAUCAUGUCGCAUGUAUAGGCCUACCAUUUGUGAUUGGUACUGCACACUUGCUUAGCAAAACAAUUUAGGCAGUAUUUUCUGCUUGGGCCCAUAGCUGCAAUUUGGACUGGCAUCGUACAAUGCCCAUAGUCAGGCCCAUAUGGGUGCACUAACCAUGUGAAGCCGUCACACACAAGUGGCGGCCAUUUUGAAACUUUUUUACACAAAACUAUUCUUAUCCCCUACUUUCACAAGGAAUUACUGAUAAACUUUCAAUUUUUCUAGAGCACAAAAUCCACUCAAGUAAACUUGUUUGUAAAACAGUUUAUUUUCUAAUGAAAGUGCAAUAACUUUUUACAUUGGCAUAAAAUUCUACAAUAACAUCGACAAAACAUCUUUCUGAAGAAAAAAGGGGAGUAAUAGUAAAAGUUAGUGUCGUUUUAAACUCUGAGCCACAAGAGGCUAUUAAACACAAUGAUUAAAUAUAAUAUAUUUAUUUAUUUCACUAGUAACCUCUCUGUGGCUAUAAGUCUACUCGAAUUUUUUUGAACAUCAGUUAAAUAGGAAAACAAUCCCUGAAUCGUUUGAGACGCUCUCAUGCCAAAACCGAACACGUCUUACCAAACCUCAAAACUUGAAUCAGUUUUACUCGAAUAACAAGAAAUUACCAAAACUCAAAACUUGAAUUUGACUCAUCAUCAAAAUAUAUGAGAAUAACACCUUAUUGGUUCUACAUGGCAAGUAUUUCUCCACCUAUAGAUUGUUGAAGACAUCGUAUGGCUGAUGUUUAGGUUGUCACAUUUUG